AUGGAAAGAAGCGUUUUGGCGAGCACGGCGCACGUACACUGGGCAUCUGAGCUGCACUCGGAGUACCGCAGCACGUACAGAUGGCACGAGUACAAGGAGCAGCAACAACAGCAGGGGGUGGUGAAGCAGCCCGCCCCCACCCCGCCCUCCGUGCUGCCCAUCACCAGGGGGCCCAUGGAGCCGGCGAUACCACGCCGCAAGAAAUACCCAGGAGUUGCUUACAAGACCAAUGAGUUGUUCGACCCCGCGCCCGCCGACGACAUCCGCCCACACCAGAACUCCGCCUUCGAACGCGCCAGAAGCGCUCAAAGGAAUGAGGCAGACCGGGCUGGACGCCGAAGCAAGUCCGAGGGUCCACGCCAACCCCGCUGGACGGACACCGUCGAACCCAAGGCCACGACAGCACUGGGCGAGGUCCUGGCGGUCAAGGAGCCGGAGACCGUGAGCACGGAGUACCGCAACCAGUUCGCGUGGCCCAAAGACUCCACCGACUCCGCGCCAAGGAAGAGCAUCUCGAUGGGCGCCCUCAAGAAGGCCGCCGCGGCUGAAGGGUCGGUGGAAGCCGAACCACUGAUGAAUCACGUCGACGGCGACCACGACGAUCACGGCCAAAAGCGCUACAUCGAAGAUUAUCUGUGGAACGGCCAAAAGCCGGGAGUCCAAAGAAAAUCGACGUUCCGUAACGCCCUAUCGGCCCUCAUAUACAACGGGGAGGAUCGUUCCAAAGAUAAUAGGAAACGUUACAAAAGCGAGUACAAAAAGAAAUUUAGACCGUUCUCACAGUACGUGUACGAGGCAUCUAAAGGGACGUUUACGAAAUGCAGGGGGAAAGGGAAGUCGAAUGAGGAAGCGAGCGAGAGGUUGGUGGUAGAGGCGGGCGAGAGCGGGGGUACUGGGGUGGGCGCGGGGGCGGUAAGGGGCGAGGGGGCGGGGGCGGGGGCAGUAGAGGACAGUGCGAGCACUCUGCGGGCCGCCGGACUGCAGCCGCUCGGGCUCGCGCAGGGCGACUCCUGGUACCGCGAGGUGCUGGACCUGCGCAAGCGCGCCGGCGAAUACAAGUAUCGCGGCUGGGGAACCGAACUAGCUCCUGAACACAUCACUCAGCUUUACAAUAAGCAAAUCGAGCUCUGGUAUCAAGUCUCCCGUCGGUCCUCGCUGUCAGCCCUAUCACUUGCUUCCACCAAUCACAAGGCCUUACCUCGCGAUGAGAAGGACGGCAAAGACUCCAAGAACCACUCGCCGAAGAAGUUCAGGUCAUUCCGCUCCGCCCCGCACCAGUCCAUCCACGCAAAACUACAAGAGACCAAGGCCCUGGAGCGCUCGCCCCACAAGACCUCGCCGCAGAAACAGAGGAAGAAGCUGCAGGGCCACAGCUUCGACGAAGGCGCUACCCAAGAAGGGGCGAAGACCGAGGCCUCGUUCCGCUCGCCGAGGAGGCGGCCCCGCUCCGCCGACCCCGCGCCCGUCGCCCGCGCCCCCCACUACGAGCCGCGCCCGCACAAGCCGCAAGGUUUGCCGUUGGGUAGUAAUAGAGUUAGGUCGACUUCGAGGGGUGGGCGGUCGCCCUCGGCGCCAAGCAAAAGUGGGGUUAAUGGGGCUAUCGAAACGCCAGGCCGGGACCGACGCAGUCGCAGCAUUUCGAAAGUGGGCAUUAAAUUGGACGACGAGGCGGCCCCGCACCGCAGCGCGUCCGUCGCGAAGGACCACUUCUUCGACGACUCGCCCGUGGUGAAGUCGCCGCCGGAGCCGACCCGGGUCAAGUCCCCGGAGCAGUUGAACAUGCGCUCCCCGGACCCGGUGAACUGGACGGUGCCCCUGGACACCGGCAAGACGUUCACCGUCACGCAGAACGUGAAGAGCGAUGAGAGUGUUAAGCGCCCUAGCUCUGAGUUUAAGGGUGGCUCCGUGGCCGAAGAGGCUCCAGCCGUGAAGCCGGCAGAAAUCGCUCCGAUACACCAUCAGCAAAUGUCGCCGAUACGGUCGCUGAGGAAGAGCGAGUCGCCGACGAGCCUGAGUAAGCGCACGGACAAAACACCCACGACGCCGAUAAGCCUGACACCGAUAGACGAAACGAAGGCACUCGAUAUGAGCAAAGUUAACGGCGUCAACGGUGUAAACGGUGUGAACGGCGUGAACAGUAACCAACUGACGCCCGAAACGCCGGUGCAAGAGACCAUACAAGAGAGAGAGGUCGUAAAAAAGUCCACCGAGGCGACACAGAAAGCGCCCGGCGUGGUCGACACGACUGUCGUAAACGAAAGCCCCAACACAGGUGGGCUGACGGCAUCGGAGGUCCUGGAUAGAGCCCGAAACAGAUUCGACAAGUUCUGGGGAAAGAAGGGGGAAGACACCGUU